AUAAGAAGGCGGGGAGUGAGGAGAGGAAGAGAGAGAGAGAGCUUGGAGCACAACGAAAAUGGUGGCUGCUAAACUGCUAAGUGAUUGUUCAAAUCCAAUUACAGCGAUAAAGCCUUCGUCUCUUCUCAAUUCUUUGUUCAAUCAUCGUCAUCCUGCCCCCAACGGUGCUGCUUUUUGCCAUUCUCGAAACUUCCAACAACAUCCACGGAGCUUGUCCACCAUUAGAGCUUCUGGGCUGAACCGUCGGGACUUCAUUGCCGACACCGCUGCUGCCAGUGUUGCGCUUUCACUUGCGCCAAUUAUUGGAUUGGAUAGCUCAUUAUCCAUUGCUAAAGCUGAUGCGCUUUCUGAAUGGGAAAGAGUUCUCCUUCCAAUUGAUCCUGGCGUCGUUCUUCUAGACAUCGCUUUUGUCCCUGAUGAUCCUUCUCACGGUUUUCUGUUGGGGACAAGACAAACUCUUUUAGAGACUAAAGACGGGGGCAACACAUGGAUUUCCCGCUCAAUAUCUUCAGCUGAAGAUGAAGAUUUUAAUUACAGGUUUAAUGCCAUCAGUUUCAAGGGAAAAGAAGGGUGGAUUGUUGGAAAACCAGCAAUUCUGUUACAUACAUCAGACUCGGGAGAUAGUUGGGAGCGUAUACCAUUAAGUGCUGAACUCCCAGGGGACAUGGUGUACAUAAAGGCAACAGGAGAAAAGAGUGCAGAGAUGGUAACUGAUGAAGGUGCAAUAUAUAUUACAGCAAACAGAGGUUACAACUGGAGGGCAGCAGUACAAGAAACUGUUUCAGCCACUCUUAAUAGAACAGUUUCUAGUGGUAUUAGUGGUGCUAGCUACUAUACCGGCACCUUCAAUACCGUGAAUCGCUCCCCGGAAGGAAAUUAUGUUGCUGUUUCCAGUCGUGGUAAUUUCUACCUAACUUGGGAACCAGGACAGCCAUACUGGCAACCCCAUAAUAGGGCAGUUGCAAGAAGAAUCCAAAACAUGGGUUGGAGAGCGGAUGGUGGACUAUGGCUUCUUGUACGUGGUGGGGGUCUUUAUCUCAGCAAAGGCACAGGGAUAACAGAGGAGUUUGAAGAAAUUCCAGUACAGAGUCGUGGUUUUGGCAUUCUUGAUGUUGGUUACAGAUCACAGGAAGAAGCUUGGGCAGCUGGAGGAAGUGGUGUCCUUUUGAAAACCACCAAUAGCGGGAAGUCAUGGAGUCGUGACAAAGCAGCCGAUAAUAUUGCUGCCAAUCUUUACUCAGUAAAGUUCAUCAACGAUAAACAAGGAUUCGUGCUAGGAAAUGAUGGAGUCUUGCUAAAGUAUCUUGGUUAAUUUCAUGGUUUUGGUGAGAUCUGUAAUUUUGUAAUACGCAAAAAGUACCACAUAUAUCCGGGGUAGCACGGAGAAAUCAAGUUCAAGUUCAAGUUCAUUUUAUAUUGAAUUUAUGAUGUAUCUAGUGAGCAACUCGACUUGGUGCAUCGUUUGUGAACCCUUGUAAAUGAAUUCAAGAACGACAUAACGGAAUAAUUAUUCUUUUUGUAUUGGGUUGUUCUUAAACUUCGUGUUCAAGACAUUCAAAUACAUUGGUUGGGAAGUGC